CGCCAAAGAAACCCAAUAUUAUCAUAGAAAAAAGGGUUGUUUCUUGACUGUAAAUUCUUGUCCCCAACAAAGAAAACACAAUGACUGAAGUGCUCCAAUCAACCUCAUCCCACUUCUCUUCACCAUCAAGCCCCACCUCCGUCAGCAUGAUUGCCCAAGAAAGUGACAGCAAGCAAGAGGGGGAGAGGAAACCGAGGGACAAAGAAGAGGACCACCAGCUUCCUUUAAUUACCAUUUUGAUCACCGCUUUUAGGAAGUCUUUGAUCGGGUGUACCCUUUCCGGGAGUAAAGAGCUUUGUUCAAUGGAAAUUGGGUUGCCUACCAAUGUUAAGCAUGUUUCUCAUGUCACUUUUGAUAGAUUCAAUGGAUUCCUUGGUUUACCGGUUGAAUUUGAACCCAAGAUCCACAGGAAACCUCCAAGUGCUAGUGCCAGUGUAUUCGGAGUUUCAACUGAAUCUAUGCAGCUCUCCCUCGACUCUAGGGGAAACAGUGUGCCAACAAUACUACUGCUGAUGCAAAGCCAUUUAUAUGCCAAAGGAGGCCUCCAGGCCGAAGGGAUUUUCAGAAUUAAUGCUGAGAACAGUCAUGACGAGUAUGUUAGAGAGCAACUGAAUAGAGGAAUAAUACCAGAUGGGAUAGACGUGCAUUGCUUGGCAGGUCUUAUAAAGGCUUGGUUUAGGGAACUUCCUAGUGGUGUUUUGGACUCUCUUCCCCCAGAGCUGGUAAUAAAAUCACAGUCCGAGGAAGAGUGUGCUCAGCUUGUAAGGCUUCUUCCUCCAACGGAAGCUGCUCUUCUCGAUUGGGCAAUAAAUUUGAUGGCUGAUGUUGUGCAACUGGAACAUCUGAACAAGAUGAAUGCGCGAAAUGUGGCCAUGGUUUUCGCUCCAAACAUGACUCAAGUGUCAGAUCCUUUAACUGCAUUGAUGCAUGCGGUCCAGGUGAUGAAUUUUCUCAAGACACUUGUUAUUAGUGCUCUCAAAGAAAGAGAUAAUUCUACGGUAAACACUACUCCCGUUUCUCCGUUAGAGCCUUCCGCUAAGAACGGUCCGAAAAUUUGUGCACAACUACACAAAGAUGUCAAUAACAAGAUUAAAAACGAGAGUGAAGGAGAGAAAGCAUUUGUUGCUCAAGAACCUGCAAUAGAGAGCCCUGCACAUUCCGCUGCAGAGAAUCCGAUGGCUACUAGAAAUAACUCGAAAAGUUUCCUAACUUGUGCUGGAAAUCGAUUUCCGGUUGAUAAUCGUCCUUGCAUUGUAGUUUCGCAAGUGAAAACUUCAACGAACGAUCUCCAAGAAGGCGGUAACCGGAGUAUAUCAGAAAAGCGCAGGAAUGGUCCAUCAAGUGUACCAAGCCAAAAGAAGGGAUCGAAGAAGGCGAAUGAACUGUCAACGGAAUGUGAAUCAGGACCCGAACAGAAGAACAAGGGAACACGGAUUAUCAACCGCAUAAAUUCAAGAGCCGAGCUUUCUGAAGCUUGGAGGUAAAUGGCCCGAAAUGCCAACCGGCUGAUGUUGGUAAUGUCGUGUGUUG